AUGGCAGCGGAAAGCAAGUUGGGCUCGUUGCCGCCGCACGGCACGGCCGACGAGCCGCUCUACGUCGAGUCGCAGCAGCCCAAGCCCUCGCGCAGGCUUUCUCCAAGCAAGAUUGUACUCUGCGUCAUCUUCGCGCUCGUCUUCGUCGGCAUCCCUUACAGGCCCGCCACUCACUAUUACCACCGUGCCUCAAACCAUGUCUGCCAGAAGUUCAUGUCGAUCGAGCAGAGGGCGCGUAGGAUCCUCGACCGCAACCCUCUGAUUGACGGCCAUGUUGACCUUGCAAUCGCGUUGCGCUUCUUGUAUGGAAACCGGAUUGACAAUGCUGGAUUUCUCGAGUCCUUCAGAAACGGCACUUCUCCCGGCCAGGUAGACCUGCAUCGCCUGAGACAAGGCCAGGCUGGUGGCGCGUUCUGGAGCGUCUUUGCGCCGUGUCCCGAGGACGCCUUGUCAGAGGAACAGCUUGCUCCGAUUGUCCAGUACACCCUCGACCAGAUCGAUGUCACGGCCAGAGUCCUCGAGUCCUUCCCCAAUGACUUUGCCCAGAAGCCUGACAGCGCCAGCGCGCUUCGGGCCUUUAGCGAGGGCAAAAUCAUCUCCCCCAUGGGCGUUGAAGGCCUGCAUCAGAUCGGCAACUCUGCAACCAACUUGAGGCUGUUCCGUGAUCUCGGCGUUCGAUACGCCACGCUCACGCACAACUGCCACAACAAGUACGCGGAUGCUGCCGUUGUCGAACAUCCUCUGGCGAAAUCCAAGCCUCACUGGGGAGGUGUCAGCGGCGAGGGGCGCAAGAUGGUCCACGAGAUGAACCGCAUUGGCAUGAUCGUGGAUAUUUCUCAUGUUAGCGACGACACCAUGGUCGACGUGCUUGGAGGCAAAGACGGCUGGGAAGGGUCCAAAGCGCCCGUCAUCUUCUCCCACAGCUCUGCCUGGAGCAUUUGCCCCCAUCCUCGCAACGUCAAGGACCACGUCCUCGACCUCGUCAAGAAGCGCAACUCACUCGUCAUGGUCAACAUCAACCCUGGGUUCAUCUCAUGCAAAGAUGUUGGCAAUGAGAAUGGACUGCCAGAGGACGACUAUGAGCAUGCGAACCUCGACCAAAUCGUGAAGCACAUCCUGCACAUUGGAAACCGCAUUGGCUACGACCACGUCGGCAUUGGAACCGACCUUGAUGGCAUCGAGGACUUACCCGAGGGCUUCCGUGACGUGACAAACUAUCCUGACUUGGUGGCUGCCCUCCUCAAGGCUGGAGUCAGCGACGCUGACGCCGCCAAGGUGGUUGGCCGCAAUCUCCUCCGUGUCUGGAGAGAAGUCGACGCCGUGUCGGCCAAGAUGAAGGCAGAGGGCGCGCCCGUUCUCGAGGACAAGAUCAAAGCAUAG